AAGGUUACGUUUUCUGUCACUCACUUCGAUCCCGCGCCUCUUGUUAGCCGCGCUGCUCCGUCAAGAUAUUCGUUCUUUCGAAGUGGUGUACUUGUGGUGUUCAGGACAUUCGCGCGACCGCCUUCCGUGCCCGGUGAACCGAUUUACCAGCAUUCACCCACGGCGAUUCACUGCACGACCAGUAAUCCUCCUACGACAGUAUUUUCGUCAUCCGUCAGAAUGUCUGCAGAAAACGAAAUUACUGAUUCUUCAUCCUCCGGUUCCGAAAUGGAACAGGACACUCCACAUAAGCAUAAAUCUGGUUUUAAAGGAGAAGGUGAUGAUAUAAUGCCGAAUCUUCCACCGAUAAUCAAAAAACGUGUCAAGGCUUUGAAAAAGUUACUUGUAUCACAAACUGAUGUUGAUACAAAAUUUUACACUGAACUUCAUGUUCUUGAAUGUAAAUACCACAAAGAGUAUUUGUCAUAUUAUAAUAAGCGAAGUGAUAUUGUUCAAGGAAACUAUGAGCCUACCGAAGAAGAAUGUGAUUUUCCUUCUGAUGAAGAAGAUGAUGUCAAGGAUCUCUCUACAGAUAUGGAAGGAAAAAUAAAACUUGAGGAAUCUAAAGCUAAUGAUGGUAAAGUGGACAGUACUAGCGACAAAUUGAAAGGCAUUCCAGACUUUUGGCUAACUAUUUUAAAGAACACAAGUCUCAUCAGUGAUAUGAUUCAACUCCAUGAUGAACCUAUUCUUAGUCAUUUGACAGAUAUCAAAGUUUAUCUGUUAGAAGAACCUAUGGGUUUUGCUUUGGAAUUCCAUUUUUCUCCUAAUGAAUGGUUUACCAACACUGUAUUAACUAAGGAAUAUGAAAUGAAAUGUGUACCCGACAAGAGCAAUCCAUUAAGUUUUGAGGGACCUGAAAUUUUCAAGUGUAAAGGCUGCACUAUUCAAUGGAAUAAAGGAAAGAAUGUGACAGUGAAAGUAGUCAAGAAGAAACAAAAGCAUAAGGUUAAGGGUGCUGUUAGAUUCGUUAACAAGACUGUACAAAAUGUAUCAUUCUUCCACUUCUUCAGUCCUCCUACUGUACCAGAUGAUCCAGAAACUGAAGUUGAUGAAGAAAUUGAUAAUUUGUUGACAACAGAUUUUGAAAUUGGCCAUUACAUUCGUGAAAGGAUAAUUCCUAGAGCUGUACUGUACUACACAGGUGAAGCAUUAUUGGAAGAAAAUGAUUUUGAUGAAGAUGAUGAAGAGGAAGAAUCGGAAAAUGACGAUGACGACGAUGAUGAAGAUGAAGAUGAAGGAACUGUUAACGAUCCUGAGUACAAUCCACGCCAAGAUAAACUGAUAAAUAAACAGGUCAACCCAGCUGAAUGCAAACAGCAGUAAAUUGUAAUAGCGUUAAAACCUCAUGUGUACUCAAUACUCGUUUUACAAAUAAAUAAAAAUUAAAAAAAAAACUUCACUCAUAAUAAGUCCACAAGUUUUUGAGAAUAAGCCUUCAUUUAUUGUUAUGUGAUCAGUUGAGUAUGAAAUAUUACGUGUAUUUUAUACAUUUCUUUAACUUUAUACACUAAUAAAACUAUUUUUAUAUUAUCGUAAAUAUAUUUUUUAUUACAAGAAGUUUGUACUAGUAGAAUACAUAUUAUGGGUAUUCAGUUAUAUAUGGCUAAUAUACAUUAUUUUUUUUA